CCACCGUCGGCAUCACCUGCCUGAAACUGACAGCAGCAGCAGCACAAGUGCACACUAAAAUAAUUGAAUGAGAGUUGAAGAACUUUGUGGAGACAAUGCGCUUUGUGGGUUUGCUGCAAGUUUGGAGAAGAAACUUGUUGAAAUAUGAUAUAAUGCGAAGCAAGAUCCUUGUUCCAGUGAAUUCAUUGGUAGUGACUGUUACAAGAGGACCUACAGAAACAGGGCAGGCUUCUGUUCAUUACUCUACUCUUGCAGCAGCUGAUGAUACCAAUGAUAAGGGAAUUGGAAAAAUGACUUUGGCAAAAAAUUUAGCCUUUCUUGUUGAAGAUUGUUCUAAUUUUGAUGAGAAAAGACCCAAGAGUCGAAUGGAGCUCAAGAGGUCUCUUGAACUCUGCAUAAAGAAAAGGGUGAAGGAGCAAUAUAUGAACGGGAAGUUUCAAGACCUAAUGGGAAAAGUUAUUGCUAAUCCAGAAACCCUUCAAGAUGCUUACAAUAGUGUUAGGCUUAACUCAAAUGUUGAUAUUGCUGUAAGUGAUGGCUGUGUAUCUUUUGAAUCCAUGGCAGAAGAGCUAUAUAGUGGGAAAUUUGAUGUCAAAGCUAAUACCUUCUCCAUCUCAACAAAAGGAUCAAACAAAGAAGUUCUUGUUCUUCCCAAUCUGAAGUUAAAAAUAGUUCAAGAAGCUAUCAGGAUAGUUUUGGAGAUUGUUUACAGACCCUUCUUUUCUAAGAUUUCACAUGGCUGCCGUAGUGGGAGGGGACACUCCUCAGCAUUGAAGUACAUCAGGAAAGAGAUUUCUAGUCCUGAUUGGUGGUUUACAUUGCACUUAAACAAAAAGGCAGAUUCUCAUGUUCUUGCCAAACUCAUUUCUGUAAUGGAGUGCAAGAUAGAAGACCCCAGCUUAUAUGAUAUCAUUCAGAGAAUGUUUGAUGCUCAGGUACUCAAUUUGGAGUUUGGUGGUUUCCCAAAAGGCCAAGGUCUUCCACAAGAAGGAGUAUUGUCCUCUAUACUAAUGAAUGUAUAUCUUGACUGCUUUGACAUUGAAUUUUAUAGAUUGUCAAUGAAAUAUGAAGUUCUCAAUUCAAAUUUUCAUAUAGAUGGAGAUGCAUCUCAUUCCAAGCUUAGGAGUUGGUUCAGGAGACAACUAAAAGGGAAUGAUGUUAAUGCAGUGGUUGAGGAAAAAAUUAGUAUAAGAGUUCAUGCUGUCCGCUUCAUGGAUGAGAUGUUUUUUGCUGUUUCUGGUUUAAAAGAAGUUGCUGUGGCUUUCAAGUCUGAUAUUGUAAAUUACUUACAGAGUUGUUUGCACUUGGACGUAGACAAUCAAACAGAAAUAUUACCAUGUGAGGGGCCUAAUGGAAUUUGCUUUUUGGGCACUUUGAUUAGAAGAAGUGUCAAAGAUAGCCCUGCUGUAAAGGCUGUUCACAAGUUAAAGGAAAAGGUCAAGCUAUUUGCUUUACAGAAACAAGAGGCUUGGGAUGCUGGGACAGUUAGAAUUGGGAAGAAAUGGUUAGCUUAUGGAUUGAAGAAGGUAAAGGAGUCAGAGAUCAAGCAUUUAGCUGAUACGAGCUCUACUUUGAGCCAAAUUUCUGGCUUUCGUAAAGCUGGGAUGCAAACGGACCACUGGUACAAGCUUUUAUUAAAAGUUUGGAUGCAAGAUGUUAAAGCCAAAGCAGCAGAAAGUGAGGACUUGCUUUUAUCCAAGUAUGUUGCAGAACCAGCCCUACCCCAAGAGCUUAGAGAAUCCUUCUAUGAAUUUCAGAAGUGCGCAGAAAAAUAUGUUUCUUCUGAGACGGCUGCUACUCUUGCUCUUUUGCCAAAUUCAUCUUCUUCCACCAAAUCUGUCACCAUCACUGAAAUUGUAGCUCCUGUCAACGCCAUAAAGAAACGUCUUUUAAGGUAUGGAUUGGUUACACCUGAAGGUUACCCCCGUACAACUUCUCUGCUCAUCUUACUGGAUAAAUGCCAAAUCAUUGACUGGUUUUCUGGAAUAGUUCACCGUUGGCUUAGGUGGUACAGGGAGUGUGACAAUUUCAGUGAGAUAAAGCUCAUGAUUUCCAAUGAAGUCAGGAAAUCUUGUGUUCGCACUCUAGCAGCAAAGUAUCGAAUUCAUGAAAACGAAAUAGAAAAUCGAUUGGAUUCAGAACUGAGCAGAAUUUCCUCUUUUGAAGAGAUUGAUCAUGAAAUGGCAUAUGGGACAUCAGAUUCACAAGCUUUAUAUAAUGAUGAUGCAUUGAUGUAUGGAAUUACUUAUAGUGGCUUGUGUUUAUUAUCUCUAGCAAGAGUAGUGACCCAGUCAAGACCUUGCAAUUGUUUCAUUUUUGGGUGCUUGGCUGCAGCACCAUGUGUUUAUACUCUUCAUGUUAUGGAAAGACAGAAAUUUCCUGGGUGGAAGACAGGAUUUUCAAGUUGUAUUCAUCCCAGUUUGAAUAAAAGGCGAAUUGGGUUGUGUAAGCAACACUUACAGGAUUUAUAUCUUGGCCAUGUUUCACUUCAAUCAAUUGAUUUUGGUGCAUGGAAAUAAGUGUUUCCAGUCAGUUUAGAAUAUCAUUUGAGCAGCAGGAUAACUGCCUCGUUGAGCACUUGAUGACGUCGAAACCGUGGAAGCUAAUAAUGGUCUUAAAGGAACUACUCUUGUGGUAGAGAUGUGACAAAAUUGUUUCUUUUGAAAGAACAAAUUGAUUGAAAUGGAAGGAAUAGUGAGAUGAGUUCUCUCAAUUACGUAACCUGGCACUAAAAUGUGUUCCACAGCUCUUAAGUUUUGGCUUAGAC